UUGUUCUAGUAAUAAAUAACAAAAGGAAGGGAGUAAAAGCCUUCAGUUUCAGUAUCCCUGCCGUCUCUACUCUGACACAGACAUUAUUAACAAGAACAGUGCCAUGUCUACUUUCUUGCUUCUCAUAGGGGCACUCUUCAUUUUAGGAAUAAAUAGCUUUACCUCAGCAGAGAAGAUAAGGUUGCCAAGAGAACCCAAUGAGCCACCACCCAUUGAUUGCUUGCUGAGUGACUGGAGUGAGUGGGGGCCGUGCCAUCCCUGUGCAAACGAAAGGUAUCGCUCCAGGAGUGUCUUGAAGUAUGGGCAGUUUGGAGGAAAGGCAUGCAUGGAACCCCUGGGACACAGAGAAAACUGUCAGCCUGACACCCCCUGCAUUGAGGAAGAAGUGGAAUGUGGCAAAGACUUCAAGUGUGAAAAUGGACACUGUAUAAAGACAAGGUUGGUUUGUAAUACAGAGGAUGACUGUGGAGACAUGUCCGAUGAAGCAGAUUGUGAUACUUACCGCACUGAACCCUGUCGUGAUCGUAUUCUUGAUGUAUCCGAGCUUGGACUAAUUGCUGGCUGGGGUAUUAACAUUCUAGGAAUGAAACCACAGGCAAGCCCAUUUAACAACGAGCUUUUCAAUGGAAUGUGUAACAGAGUCCGCGAUGGUAAUAGUGGCACAUAUUAUCGCAUACCUUGGAAUGUUGCUGGGCUACAUUAUGAGACACGAGGAGAUAAACGCAUCAGAGCUGCGUACUACGAGGACCAGGUGACUUCCCUGAAAGAAAUGCUAAGUGAAACACAGCAAAAUUUUCAGAUAUCUUUAUCUCUGAAAAUGAAUCCUACUGAGACAGAAGAAACAAACAGUUCACUCUCAUUAGAUCACAAGAUGGAAUUUACAUCUUCUAAAACCAGUAGCAUCAGUGACUUCUUAAAUGAGUCCAAAGGAAAAAAACAAGCUUUUUUACAUGUGAAAUCAAACAUUGAACUAGGAUCGUUCAUCAUGCGAUCACGCGAUCUUCGUCUGACUGACUUGUUCCUUGAUGAUUUAAAAUAUCUGCCCACUACAUAUGACAAAGGAGAAUAUUAUAAAUUUCUGGAAACAUAUGGAACUCAUUAUGCACGGAGGGGAACUUUUGGAGGAAAAUAUGAAUUACUAUAUGUGUUGGACAGUGAAAAAAUGACACGGGAAGGAAUUACCAUAUCAGAUGUAGAGAGAUGUCUGGGUUUUAAUAUGGAUUUUGAUUUAGCAACUGCUGGUUUGGAAUCCAAGCAUUCUCUUUCCAAUCGUGACUGCAAAACUGACAAAAUUAAAAAAGUUGACAACAGGCUUGAACAUUCAAUUAUUAAUGAUGUGGUCUCUAUAGUUCAAGGAGGGAAGACUGCUGUUUUAGUUCGUCUAAAGGAACAGUUGUCAACAGGUAACCGGGUUAUUGAUAUUGAGGACUAUGUCCAGUGGGCUUCUACGCUUCCUGAUGCUCCUGUUGUAAUAAAACAAGAGACAAAUCCAAUCUCUGAGCUUAUACCACUGAAGAUGCCUGACUCCAGGAUAAAAAAACGAAAUCUUGACAGAGCAGUAGAAGACUAUAUUGCUGAAUACAGUGUAUGCAAAUGUCAGCCCUGCCAAAAUGGUGGAACUGUACUGCUCCUGAAUGGAAAGUGUGAAUGUGGAUGUACAGCUUAUUUCAAAGGAAAAGCCUGCCAGAUACCCACAACAACAUUUGUCUCAGGUCAGGUAGCCAUUGAUGGAGGAUGGAGCUGCUGGUCUGACUGGUCUGCAUGUAAGGGAGAAAAGCGCACUCGGACCAGGCAAUGUAAUAAUCCUGCACCUGCAUCUGGGGGAAAGCCAUGUGCAGGAUCAGAUACACAAACAGGAUAUUGCUCAGAUGAAGAGUAAUAAUAGGAAGUCCAAAGCAGGUGUUUGAUGGGAAAGUAACACAGCCUGAAUGACCCUCGGAUCUACAAAUUAUGCUUUCUACUUUCAAAGAAAUAUAAAAGAAAUGCCAAAUGAUCACUGGAUCUCAGUUUGUUGUUAUUUUUAAAUAGUCUAAAAUAAACUUGUUGAUGGCA